AUGGCGUUCGAUGUGGUUCUCCAAGACACCUCCUCCGAAGCGGACUCGGUUCUGGGCGCGUUAACUGGGCCGAUUCUGGCUCUCCAAGAAGCGGAGCUGUUCUCGUGGUCACUCUACAUCAUUUUUCUCCUCACAACCUUGGCCGGACUCUACCCCUGGAUAUUCCAGAUGUUCACGUUCCACAAGCGCAUGAGCAUCGUCCCCGACACCCUGAGCAGAGCGAGCACCCAUCUCACCCAGUUCCUGUUCGUGUUUUUCCUGGAAAGGCUGACACAGUUGCCGGACAAGAGGUGUCUUGGGGUACUGGUGCUGGUGGUAGUACUGACGACGCCGAUGGUGGUAGUCCUCGCGUUUGCCGCCCUCACAUUCCUUCUCGUCGGGUCCAGCACGAAAGAGAUUUCCACCCUGGAGGAUGCGUGGCGGAGCGUGAUCCGCAUCUCCCCCGGGGAGUCCGAUAAUUUAUACCCGCAAAUCUUGGAUGCGUAG